AUGCGGACCUGUCGCUGCCGGCGCCGCCUACUGGAAGGAUCGGUGGCGGCGACGUGGAUCAUUCGACUCGUCGAACUCGAACCAUUUUCGAUGAAGACAACGACGAAGACGAAGGUGACGGCGGCUCGGUGGUGGUUUUUCGCACUACUGGCUGCCCUGGCGAUGCCUGACAGGUGCCGAGGGUGCAGUCAGGCGGUGUCGACUCUAUGCAUGUGUUCGGACUCGAUUUCCGGCAUCACGGUCAACUGUGUGGACAAGCGCAUCAGCGAUGUUGUGAAGGCGAUCGGCAAUGGGCCCCAGGUGAUAGAGCUGCUGCAGAUCCACCAGGCUCGGGAGCCCAAUCUGUACCGCAACAUAUUCUCAUCUCUGUCCAUUAGGAGAUUGGAUUUGUCGAACAGCAGAAUUAGCCAGGUAUGA